GACUGCUCCGCACGACCACUGCUACGACCAUGCAACUGCUGGCGGGAAGCGACUGAGAAGAAGAGAUGAAGCCAGAAUGGAGAACCUUCCUCCUGAUGACAUCUCCGUACCGAUGAGAAACAAACGAAACCGCUAUGGAGGCUACGGGGGAGCCGCCCCGCGUCUGAUACAGAUCAGUGCAGAGGUGUCGUCCAAGCUCAGCAUGAAAGUUGUGCGCCUGCGCAAAAGUGCCUUAUUCUACUGUAUCGUCGUCGUCGCCAUUCCAGCAAUGUGUUUCUUCAACUACUACCACAUCUACUCUGUACGACGGAAGCUGGGCGCCGAUUCAGUAAUAGGCACCCUGCCGCAGAUCAAAGAGCGGCUGGCGCACCAGGGCGGAAAUCGUCUGCUGAGGUUCCGGGACAUGUUCGUCGUGCAGAGCUCCGUACCUUUCAACAUCAGCCGCUACACGGCCAGUAACUUCACAGGACUACUGACGACGACUUUAGAGGGAAACCUAGCUGAGCAGAUGUUUCAACUCGCAUGCACGCACGCGAUCGCCACCGCAAACAAACUACAGACGGCGGUGACACCUGGUAGCCAGUUAAUGAAGUUUCUGCGACCGAGCGUCGCGCAGGUGAUCCUACCGAUGCACUACGUGCGACCGCUGACGAUAGGUGGCAGCAGCGUCGAAAGGAAUCUGACGGAGAUCGGCGACGCGUACAACACGCUCGUCGGUCGGCUGCGAUCGUGGCGCUACCUGGCGCCGUACGAGAACGAGACGAAGCGAUUCUUUGUGUUCAACGCGCACGUGGUGCGGCGGGCGUCGGCGAUCUUAGACUCGCUCUACCGUCGCCACGACAGGCGGAAGUUCGCCAUCACCGUCGGCGUGCACGUCGCCAGACACGGCAAAUCUCUGCUCUCCGUCGGCAAGCCGGACACCAAACCGCCGACCGUCGCUUUCCUUGCGUCGGCUAUGAAUCGCGCGCGAAAAAAAUACUCGCGACCGCUCUUCGUCGUUGCCACCGACGACCGGAAGUGGUCGGCGGAGAACAUCGUCGCUGCCGACGGCGACGUCGCUUACGUUGACCUUCUCGAAGGUCACCGUCACGAGCGGACGAUGGCGGAGAGCGAGAGGAGGCUCGUCGAGAUGUACACCGUGUCACGCUGUAAUCACACGAUCAUCACAGAUGGUGUGUUCGGCUGGUGGGCGGCCUUCCUGUCCGACGGUGAGAAGGUUUAUCCCAAGGUCACGGACGACGAUGAUGACGACGCGUCGCUACGGACCGCCGCUAGAGACAUCUAUCCAGACUCGUGGACGCCGCUUUCCUGA